GAUAUGUCCACCACUGUUGACGCCUUGAAGAGCGACCAAGACGACAUGUCAACCACUGUAGACGCCUUGAAGAGCUACCAAAACCACAUACGCCAACUGUCCACCACUGUUGACGCCUUGAAGCGCGACCUGGACAACGAGCAAAGCCGAAACGCCGCGUUGGAACAGCGUUUUCAGAAGAUGAGCGAGACUGUAACAAUGUCUCUCUCUGCCUGGUCAGCAUCAGCCGUGAGACACGGGGAUCAAGACCACUCCGCUCAUCGCGCCGAUAUCAACUCUCGCGAGACUGCCACUCAAGCCGGCGCCUGGGUGAGCACGCGUCACCACAAUCCGCAGUACAAUUCGGACAUACAGGGGUACAGCCGGCCAGAGUGGCUGAUGAGGGAGCUGUUCGAGGUGAAAAACGUCAUAGGCAUCAUCACUAAGGGCAGGAACUUCAACGCUGAUGAUUGGCCGUAUCCUGGAUCACAUAACCAAUACGUCACAUCCUACGUCAUUUCAUACGGCGUCCAAAAUGGCGAUGAGAGGUUCUACACCGGUGCGGACAACCAAAUUACUGUUUUCAGAGGGAACUCUGACCGGGACACGCCGGUCCGCCGCUACUUUCGGGACUACAGCGGUCCCGCCAUGAUCACGGCGCGAUUCAUCAAAAUCCACCCCAAGACUUGGCACGAGUGGAUCGCCAUGCGGGCCAAGAUCUUAAUACAAUACUGAAGGACGUCUACAGACGACAGGUGGAACCCUCAACAGUGACAACACCACUGUACAGCGGCUCUUCCGGCCAUCCGCAGUAAAACCUGGAUUUUUAGCAAUGGGUCACAUUUCAUAGCCUGAGUACCAUCCUCCGUAGUGACCGCUGGCUCACUACUCAGUUCGCGAAAGUGAGCCAGCGGUCACUACGGGAGGAUGGUUCUCAGGCUACAUAUUUUACCCUGUUUUUAUGUGUUAUGUAUUUGUAAUGUAACAUAAUGAAGCAGGACUGUACAAUGGUAGUAACGAAUCAGUUGUCACGCAGAGAGAAAGUUUACAGAUCUUUUCGCAAGCAGCCAGAAGUUCUUCAAAUGUAAAUGGACAUUCUAGGAAGUAAAAAGCUCCUGGUUUCAAAUUAUUACCUGCUCCUAAAGAGUUUCCUGUUCAAUGAAGAAACUUCGUUGUUUUCGUUCGCUGUAGUAAACUAGAAACACAGUGCCAGAACUGCUGGUCGUUUAUUCAUAUUAAGUUAAGCGUCUUUGUUAUGAGUCUUCACAAAAAUGUGGCGGUUGUUUCACACUAAAGAUUUACACUGUGCUCAUUCGAGCCUGAAAUAACCACUGAGGAAGCCACACUGUAGGCACAGGUGACAGUUGUAGGGCUAGUCUUUUACAUGUGGUCUUAUACAUUA